AUGACCGUUGAGGUUCACAGGACAAAGAACUCUUCAAAGGGUAUCAUCAACUGCUUUGACUUGAAAGAUGUCAGCGAGGAGGAGAUAGUCGACGGCCUUACCGAGUUCGGAGUGACAGAUGCUCGCCGCAUCAAGGUGCGCAGGGGCCUUCGUUGUCCCGAGCCGGGCUGCCGCAAGCGCCUGUCCAGCCAGCAGCGGCUGAGCGAUCACCGCGCCUGGCACCGCGGCGAGACCGUCUGUCCGCUGUGCGGCCAGCGGCUCUCCUCGCGCACCAAGUUGCGCGCUCAUGUGCAGCACCGGCAUCCGUCGGCCGGCGUGCCGUGCCGCUGGCCCGGUUGCGGCCAGCGGCUGCGCAACUCGCAGCGCCUCAGCGACCACCUGGCCUGGCACCGCGGCGAGACGCUGUGCCCGGUCUGCCAGCGGCGCUUCAGCAACCCACGCAACCUGCGCGACCACCUACUGCUGAUGCCGCCGCCUCCGCCACCGCCGGACGAGGUGGGGUUCGCCUGCCCGCUCUGCCACAAACGGUUCCGCGACGCGUCCAACCUCUCUCACCACGCGGCCGUGCACCGUGGCGAGACCACGUGUCCGCGCUGUGGCCUGGUGCUCUCCACCAAGCGGCGCCUGCGCUGCCACCUGGCGGCCUGCCGCGGCGGCGCUGGCCCGGCGACCGCCGAACUCGCUGACCUUGGCUGGCUGGCCGGCUGGCCGCGGGGCCAUCGCUGA